AAUUGCAGGUACUACAUGAGCCCCUGAUUGAUGAGGAUCCCGUUUUCAUUGCUACGUGCACGGAGAGGGAGCUGCGCAAGAGGAAAAAGAGGAAAUUCAGUCUCUGGGUUCGGCAGUGCUCAUCCACUGGUUUCAUCUGCCAGAUUUAUGUCCAUCUCAAAGAAGGGAGUGGUGCUGAUGGGCUGGAUGCUUUGAAGAACAAACCACAGCUUCACAGCAUGGUGGCCAAAAGCCUUUGUCAGAACGCCUCUGGGAAGAACUACAUCAUCUUCACUGGCCCAAGCAUUACCAGCUUGAAUCUCUUUGAAGAAUUUGAGAAGCAAGGGAUUUACUGCUGCGGGUUGCUGAGCGCCAGGAAGAGCGACUGCACAGGCCUACCUCCAUCCAUGCUGAGCAACCCUGAAACUCCCCAGUCCAGAGGACAGUACAGAAUAAGAAUGAAGGGAAACAUGUCCUUGAUCUGCUGGUACAAUAAAGGACACUUUCGUUUCCUGACCAACGCAUAUUCACCCGUUCAACAAGGAGUUAUAAUUAAGAGAAAAAGCGGAGAAAUUCCAUGCCCGUUGGCGGUUGAAGCAUUUGCAGCUCACCUGAGCUACAUCUGCAAAUACGACGACAAAUACAGCAAGUAUUUCAUUUCUCACAAACCAAACAAGACCUGGCAACAAGUAUUCUGGUUCGCCAUCAGCAUCGCUAUAAACAAUGCCUACAUCCUGUACAAAAUGUCAGAGGCCUACCACGUGACAAGGUACAGCCGCGCACAGUUUGGAGAAAGACUUGUAAAGGAGCUGCUGGGCCUGGAGGAUACCUCACCCUCCCAUUGAUGCAUUGUUCUUGGUGGCGUAGGCAGGGGGUGGAGGGUAAGCAGAAGAAGAUACCAUACCUGGAACGGCAAAACAAGGAACUUGGGACACCACCAGUGCUGUCCUUAUCCAAAAAUGCCAAGUGAUGCCACUAGAGAGGUGGAAACUUUGUUCCUAGUAGCAGCUGGAUGUAAACAUGUCCUGCAGAAAGUGCCACUGGAAAAGCUGUCACAAAGUUGUGUAUGUGAAUGCCCUGUGGGACUCUGUAAACCAGAAAUGGACUUAAAUUAGCAGUCAUCUCAAUACUAUUUGUUGAACAGGGUCAUCUUGU